AUGUUCGCUCGAAGCGCCGCCGUUCUCGUCACGCUUGCCGUGAUCCUCGUCAGCCAGGUUGCGGCAGUGCCUGCGGUCGAGGCACGCGCAGUUGCGGGCCGCGACCCUGUUGCGUUCGCUCCCAUCCCUGCGUACGUCAAGCGCGCCAAUGUCAACACCAUACCCGCCGAGAAGGCGACCAAGGCACCCAACGGUGUAAUCGAGGAGUACGAGAAGCGCGCCGUCAACACCAUGCCGGAGGAGAAGCCCACGAAGGCCCCCAACGGUGCGAUCGAAGCGUACGGCAAGCGCGCCAACGUGAACACAAUCCCCGCCGAGAAGGCGACCAAAGCCCCCAACGGCGUUAUCGAGGCGUACGAGAAGCGCGCAAACGUGAACACCAUCCCCGCCGAGAAGGCAACCAAGGCGCCCAACGGCGUCAUCGAGGCGUACGGCAAACGUGCAAACGUUAACACCAUCCCUGCCGAGAAGGCGACCAAGGCACCCAACGGCGUCAUCGAGGCUUACGAGAAGCGCGCGAACGUGAACACCAUUCCGGCUGAGAAAGCCACCAAGGCGCCUAACGGUGUGAUCGAGGAGUACGAGAAGCGCGCCGUCAACACCAUGCCGGAGGAGAAGCCCACGAAGGCCCCCAACGGUGCGAUCGAGGCGUACGGCAAGCGCGCCAACGUGAACACCAUCCCUGCCGAGAAAGCGACCAAGGCGCCUAACGGUGUCAUCGAGGCGUAUGGCAAGCGUGCAAACGUCAACACCAUCCCGGCGGAGAAGGCGACUAAGGCACCGAACGGUGUUAUCGAAGCCUACGGGAAACGUGCCAACGUCAACACUAUACCCGCAGAGAAGGCGACCAAGGCUCCCAACGGCGUGAUUGAGGAGUACAACUAA